UAUAUAUUAAAAAUAAAAUAAAUUCCCUGCAAGUGUUCCUCAUAGAGUUUAUUUCGGUUUUGUAGAGUUCAUAGUGUUUUUAACAUCAUGGCACAAGAAUUGGUGUGUGACCCUGAUCUUGCUGUUGAUGAUCUUUACUUCUCAGCACUUUUUGAUGAAGAAAAUGGUGAUCAACAAGCUAUUCUCCCGGUUUCUGACUCCAAAUAUGCUGAAGAAUUGCAGUUCCAGGAGGCUCUCAUGGCUUCCACAGUCAGUUUACAGAUCACCAACAGGAGUGACAUCAUUAUUCCUUCAUCCGCUUUAAGGGUUGUUCAAGUAAGUGAAGACCACCACAACGUUCAGUUUUUGGACCACCAUGAGGAGUCAAUGGUGGAACUGGAAUCUGGUGAGUCUUCUCAAAGUUUCUGUGAGAUUUGUGCUGAAAGAAAAGAAGAUGAUGAAAUGUUUAAAACUGAGAGAUGCUUUCACUCUUAUUGUUUUGAUUGUAUAAGCAAACAUGUGGCUACAAAACUCCAGGAUAAUGUUAUCACUGUGACUUGUCCUGGUUUGAACUGCAAAUCCAUCCUGGAAUUUGAAGUUUGCAGGCCUUCGCUUCCAAAGGGCGUGGUUGAACUUUGGGAGCAGGCCAUUUGUGAAGAAAUGUUUGAUGUUUCACAGAGGUUUUACUGUCCUUUCAAGGAUUGCUCAGCCAUGUUGUUGAUUGAAAAUGAUGGAGCAGUUAUAACAAGCUCUGAGUGCCCUUUUUGCCACAGAUUGUUCUGUGCUCAGUGUUAUGUUCCAUGGCACUGUGGGAUUGAAUGUGAGGAGUUUCAGAGGCUGAGUGUGGAUGAAAGAGGGGGGGAGGAUCUCAUGGUGAGAGAGCUUGCCAAAGAGAAGAAAUGGAGUAGAUGCCCCAUGUGCAAAUACUAUGUUGAAAGAACUGAUGGUUGCCCACAUAUGACUUGCAGGUGCAAGUUUGAGUUUUGCUAUGGAUGCGGGGCACAGUGGAAUAUAAGUCAUGGUGGUUGCCAAAGGCAGUAGCAGACCAGACCAGACUCUGCAUUAUCUCAGUUAAGCUUUUAGUAAUUAGUUAUUAUGAAAGUGUUUUCUGAAGUCUAAGCACUGGCCUUUAGCCUAUUAUAGUAUAUUAGUAUAUGUAGGGCUUUUGGCUCUCAAUGUACAUCUUUAAACAGAGUAUUUGUGACUAUAAUCCAAUGAUGUCAAGUUUGUGAGAAGGUUCAA